AUGGCUAACACAAAGCAGAAAAAACAGACCGAAAAAACGGACCGAUCCGGCUUUUUUACGAGCAGAGCAUCGACGCCUAAGGCCGCAGGCCUCACAGACCGAGACCAAGAUGGCGACGGCGGGAACGACACAAUACCACUGCAGUCUUCCCCUGGGCCGCAAAACCUACCGGUCACGCAGGAUUUCCUACAAAACUGCCUGGAGGAUAUGUCCAGCUCUGGCAUCCAUACAGAGCAUUCUGAGGGAGCUCCGCAGAGACGUGCAGGAGCUGGGAGACAGGACAGCACAUGUGGAACAAAAGCUGGAAGAUCAAGCCGCUGCACAUAA